AUGACAGCCUCCACAGAGCCAAGUAAAAAGAAGAACCAAGAUGUGCAGCAAGACGAGGAUUUUGUGGACGUCAGCCCCCCUCAGAGGAACUGGAGGGGCAUCGCCAUCUCUCUGCUGGUGAUUGUGGUGGUUUGUUCCCUCAUCUCCAUGUCUGUGGUCGUCCUUACCCCAGCCGAGGUUCCCGGCAGCGGGAAAUCCAGACUAACGGUGGCCGAUCUGUUCAAACCGGAGUUCAGUGUCCAUGACCCGGAGCCCACAUGGAUCAGCGAUGCAGAGGUGGUUUUCAGGAACUCUGACGGCCACGUCAUCAAGUUCAACUUUGUCCUGAAUGAGACGGAGGUCAUUCUGAACAACAGCACGUUUGUGGCUUUCAGCGUGGUGAAAUAUUCACUGUCUCCGGAUUUGAAGUUUGCACUCUUUGCUUACGAUGUCAAACAGGUGUUCAGGUACUCGUACACGGCGUCCUACAUCAUUUACAACAUAGACACACGGGAGGUGUGGGAGUUGAAUCCACCUGAGGUUCAGAAUGCAGUUCUCCAGCAUGCAGCUUGGGGACGACAGGGACAACAGUUGAUCUACAUAUUUGAGAACAACAUCUACUACCAGCUGGAUGUGAGGAGUAACUCUCUGAGGAUCACCUCCUCUGGGAUGGAGGGCCUCGUCUUCAAUGGGAUUGCCGACUGGCUGUAUGAAGAGGAGAUCCUGCAUUCCCAUCUGGCCUAUUGGUUGUCACCUGACGGAGACCGACUGGCUUUUCUUACCAUCAACGACACGCUGGUGCCCAACAUGGUUCUUCCCCAGUUCACCGGCAGCACCUACCCCAAAGGACUACAAUACCCCUAUCCCACGGCUGGUCAGGUCAACCCUACAGUCAGACUGUCUGUUGUCACUCUGUUUGGAGCAACACACACCCAAGACCUGAUGCCUCCCGAUCAGUUCAAGAUGAGGGAGUUCUAUGUGGUGAUGGUGAGGUGGAUCAGUAACACCCACCUCGCUGUGCGAUGGCUGAACCGUUUCCACAACUCCUCUGCACUGAUGCUUUGCGAUGCCGCCACAGGCGUCUGCACUGUGAAACAUGAAGAAACAACAGAGACCUGGCUCUCCAUGCAGAAUCAGGAGCCGCUGUUUUCCAGAGACAGGAGCAGGUUUUUUCUCUCUCAGCCUGUCCGAUACGGAGCUCAGGGAGAUUUCCUCCACGUCACCAUGUUUACCAAGAAGGUCCGAAGUGACCACAAUGAGAUCCGCCAUUUAACGUCCGGUGCCUGGGAGGUGACGAGGAUAGUCGCAUACGAUGAAAACAACCAAAUUAUAUAUUUUCUGAGUACAGAGGAAUCUCCACAGCAGAGACACUUAUACAGCGUGUCAGCCCUCGGGCUCUUCCCGCGGCGUUGUCUGACCUGCGGUCUGAAGGACGACUGCACGUUCUUCGACGCUGAUGUCAGCCCCACUGUACAGCACGCCAUCCUCACAUGUAAAGGUCCUGGUGUGCCACUGGUUCUGCUGCUGAGUGUUGAAGAUAUAAAUUCGUACUUCAUCUUGGAGGAUAACCUGCCUCUUCGGUCCAUAAUGGAGACGAAGAAACCAGUUCACAUCCAAACCAGGAUAAUCUACAAUGACAACUUUGAGCUGCCUCUGAAGCUCACCUUUCCUACUGACUUCUCUGAGUCCUUCCUCUAUGGGCUCCUCCUUAUGAUUGACAGUUGUCCAGGUCAUCAGGCGGUGACAGAUGAGUUUGGCUCCGGUUGGGAGCGGGCCCUGCUGGGCUCGGAGCAGGUUGUGGUGGCACAGCUUGACGGCAGGGGGUCAGGGUUCAGAGGUCAAAGAUUUCUACAUCAGAUCCAUCAAAGACUGGGCACAGUAGACGUACAGGACCAGAUAGUAGCUCUGGAGUACCUUGUACAGCUGCCGUUUAUCGACCAGACACGUGUGGGAAUCUUUGGAGAGGACUAUGGUGGCUACGUGAGCCUCAUGAUGCUGAAGCAGACAGACAGGCUGGUCAGAUGUGCAGCGGCUCAGUCACCCGUCGUCGACUGGACCAUGUACGCCUCGGCAUUUUCAGAGAGAUACUUCGGCUCGCCUUUGACCGAAGACUCCAGAUACCAAGCGUCUAAGGUCCUCCCCAACAUGAAGGGUCUGCAGGGAGGAACUCUGUUUCUGGCUCACGGAACCGCUGACGCUAAUGUUCAUUUCCAGCACUCGGCAGAACUCAUUAAACACCUGAUAAGGACCGGAGCCAACUACACCAUGCAGAUUUAUCCAGAUGAGGGACAUUUUCUGUCACAACGCAGCCGGCUGCAGCUGACUUACUCUCUAGUAGACUACUACAGAGAAUGUCUGCUGGACGCAGCCUCACUACUGAGCCAGCACGAUGAUGACUGA